UUUUCUAUGACCUGCAAAAAGGGGGCAAGGUUCUAUGACCUUUUCUUCGUUUUAUGUCAACAAACUGUUCCUUAGCUGUCAAAGUGCUCCUUCCCCAAUGGUUCACUCUCCUUCUCAGAAACCCCUCUUCACCAUCUACCUUUUCCUCUAUAUAUUACACCAUUCUUCAUCCCUAAUAAUCUGGAUAUAACAAAAAAAAAAAAAAAAAAAAGGGAACUUUCACUUGAAAAAAAAAAAAAAACCAAUCUUCAUGGCAUCAAAAAGUCAGUCCAAUUUCCAAGAUUUCUUGCCCUUGAUGGCAGAAAAGUUGGGUGGGGAUGGUCUAAUCGGAGAACUCUGUAAUGGGUUUCAAGUCUUGAUGGAUUCUGAUAAAGGGGUCAUCACAUUUGAGAGUCUUAAGAAGAACUCUGCUUUGCUAGGGCUGAAAGACUUGUCUGAUGAGGAUCUUCACACUAUGUUAAAAGAAGGAGACUUUGAUGGAGAUGGCGCACUCAAUCAGAUGGAAUUUUGUGUUCUGAUGUUUAGAUUGAGCCCUGAGUUGAUGGAGCAGUCUUACUUUUUGCUGGAAGAAGCUUUUCAAUAUGGAUUUCAAGAAUUUCAUUUUCCAUUGUAAAGAUUUACUACUCUCUAAUUUGUAAUGAUUUUCAUUUUCCAUUGACGCGGGAUUAAACAGUAUGCACAAAUUGAAAAAGUAAUUGAAUUUGUUUGACUA